AUGAAGCCUCUUACCGGCAGCGAGCCUUGGAUUUGGGGAUCGAGUUCAAGCAGUUUAAUGGCUUUCAUUCAACUAAAAAGAACCUCGACAAGUCAAAAAAAACUAGAAACUGCUGUUGGAAGGAUCUUCGGCUUAGACCUAGAUCUUGUCAACUUGCGCAAGGAGGUCUACGACGAUAAUUGCCGUACUCCAGAAAUGGAGUUUGGCACCGCUGAGGAAGAUGCUUUCAGACGUGAUGCAACUGCAAAUGCCCUGUUCUUUGACCUGCAAAACCGAAAGGUUGCCGACUUUACUCGCAGAGGCCUGGAUGAUCUGUAUGCUGGCAUAAUGCGGACACCACUCGAGCCGAGGCAGACCUUUCUCGACGAUCCCUUGCGCGUGCUACGUCUCAUUCGCAUAGGCAGUAAACUCGGUUUCACUCUUGAUCCCGAAGCUCUGAGCUGCAUCAAAGAGCACGAAAUUCACGCUGCUCUUGACGAGAAGGUCAGCCGAGAGAGAGUUGGGAUCGAGGUCUCUAAGACGAUCAAGAACCGGAAUCCCGAGCUAUCCUUUUCCUUAACCCACAAGACCGAUCUUUAUGGAACUGUCUUCCUGUCGUUGCGCUCUCCUCUGCAUGAGCCCCUUCGUCAUCUCCUCCCCCAGGAACCCGAAAGGCCAUGGCCACCCACUUGGUCUCGGGCAAUCAACGCUAUCACGAUGUUAGCGCAGGAUCCAGCAAGAGAUUUUUGGUCUUUGAUGGAAUCGGAGAAACAAAAAGACAUGCUUUGGGCGAUGGUCGCCUAUACUCCGUUGGCAGGGCUGAAUACCAAGGAUCAUAAGCUUGCCGUUGACGAAGCUAUAAAUGCCCCGAGGGGCACCAGGCAACUUUACAAGCUUAUCGAAUCGUCUCUAGGGAACUUGGAAUCUAUUCGAUCCACCACGGAACUGGUUGUCAGCUCUACUCCAUCCCGGGGCACAAUAGGGAUGAGGAUCCGAAGAUGGGGAGUCUUAUGGGGCCUACAGGUUCUUUUCUCGGCUCUUGGAGGGAUAGUAUACUUGAGGCCACAACCGGAAUCUCCAGACUCGAGCCAGGAGGAAAUAGAUAAAGUUUUAUAG